UGCCUUGCCUCAGAUUCUCAGUGCUGCAGCGCCCCCUGCUGGUAAGGCGAGGGCCUUACACAGAUCUGUUAUCACUCUCAUGGGAGAGCAUCGUCCCACUUGCCCGUUUCCGACGAUCGAGGCAGAAGGCGAUGAAGUCGCUCUACAGUGUCGCCUGGACCCCCCCGUCAACUUGUCUGCCUGCACCUUGGAUGUGGCGAGAGCUGUCCUCUGUAUCUAUGGCGACCUCGACUCUUAUCCAACAGGAAGGGACCAGAUGGCUCGAUGCGGAGGCUUCGUGGCGCUGCUGUCCGACGGUGGGGUGUACAAAGUCUUUCUCCAAAAGCUGCGAGCCCGUUCUGUCGUUAACGUCACUGAUGAAUCCAAAGACCAACAGAACGGGACAAAGACUGGACCUGCAGUGGAAGAAGUGACAGAGUCAAACAAUCGUGGCGGUGGAAACAGGAAGGCUGCCCUUGGCCGCGUCAUUCCCGCUGUGCUCUUCAUUCUUGGCGUGGUCAUCGUUCUCGGCGUUCUAGUGAACGCGUGGAAUGAUGCGUCGCAGGGACGAGCGACAAUCCUCCAGCAACACAAGGAAGAGACGAAUGUAAAAGAGCGAGAGAGAGACCGAACCCGACCCCCAUACCCUUUUAAACCCUCCCUGACGUCCACCCGCGACACCGUCGCUCAGAACUUUGCCGAAAUGCUGCCGACGGAGAUGAGCGCGAAGAUCUUCGGCGAGCUGGACGCGGAGAGUCUGUGCAGCGCCGCGCGCACCUGCAGGCUGUGGCACGACAUCAUCGAGGAGAGCGAGCAGGUGUGGAGGAGGCAGUGUCUGCCGGUCCGAGCCGUGUGUCAGAGGGAGGUCGACGGAGACCGGAGAGACGGCCUGUCCUGGAAGGUGACGCUGGUGAAGAACUACAGGAGGAGCUGUGUGAAGAGAGACUGGCUGAGAGGGCGCUACAGCCACGUGAGGUCAGCGGAGGAGCUGAGCGGCAGGAAGAUGGCGCCGCUGGACGCCGAGACCUGGGGAGAGAUCCUACAGGCCGAGCUGGACAGAUGACCCCACCCACACACACACACACACACACACACACACACACACAGACCUACAGAUCUUAAUUCAAAAUGCACCUCUGGCACUUCUGAGUGCCUGAUUGUUAACUCUUAAUGUAUUUUAUACUUUUGUCUUUUUAUGUAAAUACA